CAUAUUUUCGUGAUGGUUUGUGCGUUUUCGAAUUCGUUGAUAACUUAUCUAGAGUAUCUAAUUAAUGUUGAUUCUCUACACACAUUUUAAAUUUUUGUUUAAAUAAGAACAUAACAUUAAUACUUAGUGAAUUCUAUUCACUUAUAUAUAUUGUAUUUAUUGUUAUUUGUAUCAUCAUACAACGUGCCACCCAUGUUCAAUAAAUUGCUUGUUAAUGAAAUUUGUCAUUCACAGAUGAUCGGAUCAAUUAUUAAUUCAUUUUCUAGUUUAUUUAUCUUGGGCCACUAAUUAAUUAUAUGCAAAUAUUUAGUUUUUUUUUAAACAUAUAUUCACAAAUUAAUAGUUAAUUGUCAAAGAGGCGGACAUUUUGGUUUUAUUUUUACUUGUUAAAUAUAUUUUUAAAUCAUUACGUUUUCCCAUUCAUUCAGCUUUACACUUGCUUUUUUUUAAUUUGACAAAACAUUAUUGUUCUUAAUUUUGAACACGCAAUUUGUUGGGUUUGAUAAGUGCAAAAACAAAAUUUUUAACUUAAAAAAAAUAAAAAUAAAUUAGUUCAUUAUGGCUUGGGGCUACUGGAGCGCAUCUACUGUUUCUGACCGAGGCAAGUCACCAAAACGGCAAUCGUCAUCUUUAGGUUUUUAUAACCAUCAUGUACCAAUUUCCACCCCAGCUCCUCCAUCUACAUCGUAUUACCAACAUCAGUCCUUGCACAGCACUAGUAGUUUUGGUUCCAUAGAAGAUGAUGACUAUCAUCAUACUUCCACAUUUUACCGUCGUCCUUCACUUGGAGAUAUAGAAUUCACAGGGCCGGGUUCACUAUCUCUAUUGUUGAAUCAGGCUAUUCCUCCAUCUCGACCCAGAACACCACCACCACGUCAUUUGUAUGCUCCACCUACUUCACUUAGUUUGCCAGAUUCGUGUGGAUCAAAUAUGGCUAUGCGACAAAACAUAAAUUGUUUUGGUUACCAAUCUACUCCUAUUGUACAACAUUAUCCUUGCAGUGUUCAUGACCCAUCACCAUCUCCUUCUAUAUCUGAUGAUGAAGACCAUGUUUACGCCACAGGUAACAAAUACAAUGUUUUUCCAAAUGUUCCACCAGCACCAGGAAUGCCUUGUCAAGGAGAAGACCGUAGUAUAUAUAGACGUGGAGCCAGAAGGUGGAGAAAACUAUAUCGAGUGAAUGGACAUAUUUUUCAACCUAAAAGGUUUAACAGGCGAGCAUUUUGUGCAUAUUGUCAUGAUCGAAUUUGGGGAUUAGGACGACAAGGAUUCAAAUGUAUUCAAUGCAAAUUGCUUAUCCACAAAAAAUGUCAUAAGCUUGGAAAAAAAACCUGCACUAAUGAUCCUAUUGUUAUUGAUGACACCAAUGGUGACUCACAAACAUCUCUAAGUACACCUAGCUCUGAUACUGCUUUGCCGGAUUUAAAAGAAUAUUCUGAUCAAAAUUCGGUUAUUGAUCAAUCAGCCGAUUCUGUACCCAUUGAAGAUCCACAAGCUAAAACUGGCGAUGAAGAAGUUGGAGUUUCACGUCAAUAUUCUAUUGCUGAUUUUGAGCUAAUUAGAGUUAUUGGCCGUGGAAGUUAUGCUAAGGUGUUAAUGGUUGAACUUAAAAAAACAAAGUGCAUUUAUGCUAUGAAAGUCAUAAAAAAAGCACUUGUUACAGAUGAUGAAGAUAUUGAUUGGGUUCAAACUGAAAAACAUGUUUUUGAAACUGCCUCUAACCAUCCAUUUUUGGUCGGUCUCCAUUCUUGCUUUCAAACUGCCAGCCGUUUAUUUUUUGUGAUUGAAUUUGUUCGUGGAGGUGACUUAAUGUUUCAUAUGCAAAGGCAAAGACGAUUGCCUGAAGAACAUGCUAGAUUUUAUGCUGCAGAAAUUAGUUUAGCUUUGAAUUUUUUGCAUACUAAAGGCAUAAUAUAUCGAGAUUUAAAAUUGGAUAAUGUACUACUUGAUCAUGAGGGUCAUAUAAAAUUGACAGAUUAUGGAAUGUGUAAAGAAGGAAUAAGGCCUGGAGAUACAACUUGUACAUUCUGUGGUACUCCAAAUUACAUCGCUCCAGAAAUUUUAAGAGGAGAAGAUUAUGGAUUUAGUGUGGAUUGGUGGGCUUUAGGAGUUCUUUUGUAUGAAAUGUUAGCUGGUAGAAGUCCAUUUGAUAUUGCCGGAGCAUCAGAAAAUCCUGAUCAAAAUACUGAAGACUAUCUAUUUCAAGUUAUUUUGGAAAAAACUAUACGUAUUCCAAGAUCACUCUCCGUUAAAGCAGCGUCAGUUUUGAAAGGAUUUUUAAAUAAGAAUCCUGUGGAUCGUUUAGGUUGUAAUCGAGACACUGGAUUCUAUGAUAUCAUAACUCAUCCAUUCUUUAAAUCUAUUGAUUGGGAAAUGCUAGAGCAAAAGCAAGUUAGUCCUCCUUAUAAACCAAGACUAGAUUCUGAUCGUGACCUUGCAAAUUUCCCACCAGAAUUUACUGAUGAACCUGUUCAUUUAACACCUGAUGAUCUACGUGUCAUCGAGAAAAUCGAUCAGUCCGAAUUUGAGGGUUUCGAAUACGUAAACCCAUUGCUCAUGUCGCAAGAAGACAACGUGUGACACGAGGAGGACUGCGGCGAUUACGCCGCACCCCAUAGUAUGCAGCAUUACCAUCACGAAGCCGACUGUCCCUGUUCAACGACUAUCGACUCGCCCCCAGACAACGUCAGGCCGCCGUCUAGGGGAUGGUUCUGCUUACCACUCCGAUAAGUACACUCAUCCUCCCUUCAUAUUUUUUUUUUUUUUUUUUUUAAAAAAAACCAAAAAAAAUGUGAUUAUUAUAAUAAUAUAAAUCCGCCGACGGCGACGGCCAAAUUUAUUUUAUAUAUUAUUAUUAUAAAUAUUUAAUUAUUUGAUUAUUAUUAUACAUAGUUAACUCACGUGUCCGUCGCUGGCGUCGACGGUUUUCAAUGGCUCAACUUAUUCCGACGAUUUAUCAUUUUCGGUUAGGACUUUUAAUUCGUUUACAAAACCAAAUUCUAAAAUGUUUUUGUUCCUCUUCGAUUGUCACAUUACUCGCUUUAUUUUCCAUUAUACACAAAAAAAAUAUAUACAUAAUAUGUUAUAUUUACGUAUGUAAUAUAUACAUAUAUAUUUAUAUAAUAUAUAUGUGUUACCGCAUCUCGUGUGUGUAUCGGAUACAACUUUGACCUUAAACCUCGUUCGUCUGUAAUGCGUACGUUUAAUUUACAAUGCAAAAUAUAAAAAUCACUUUUGAUGUCUAUUGAUGACGACGAAAUAAUAUGUGCUAUCACACCCACCCACUCACUCACCUACUAACUUAUUCGCCGACGACGAAAUAAUAUGUGCUAUCACACCCACCCACUCACUCACCUACUAACUUAUUCGCCGACGACGGCUAAACAAAAAAAAAAUAACUUGCCGAUUUAACGGACCGUGUAGCACGUACUAACAUUAUUAUUACUACUACUAUAUUAUUAUUAUUAUUACUGUUUAUUAAUGUUAUUAUAAUAUUUUUAUUCGUCGGGAGAAACUUGUUGUGCCCCACCGUUUACGCUUGUCGCGACCUUUGAUCACAGAAUAAGAAUCUUGUUGAUGUACACUAGUCUCGUGAAAAAAUCGUCGGCUCUCACCUUUCUCCGAAACACCCCUAACGCAGGCAUACAAAUAUUGACUGAUCUACGCUAGUAUGGUAGAUUAUGAUUUAUAUAAUAUUCAAAAAUAGAGAGAGAAAGGAAUGAAAAAACAACUUUUCGUCUCCUCCCCUUCGUUUUUAGUUUCAUAUGAAUUAUAAUCUCUAUAGUCUAUUCAUUAUCGUCGUCAGUCGCUAAAUAUUGUUAAAAUUCAUCUCCCUGAACAGCGGAAUUCACAAAUCAAAAUUGACGGCGUACCAUCAGGGUUCAGGUUUUUUUUCGCUACGCGCGACGACGCGUUUAGAUGGGUACAAUGUAUAAUAUUAUGCAAAUUGGUAUCCUCCAAUGCUCAAUGAUUAAUAGUAAUAAUAGUAAUAAUAAUAAUAAUAAUAAUAAAAAUAUAUUUAGGUGAUCUAAUUACAUUCCUUAUUUAAAUUUACUAUCUAUAUAAAUAAUAAAUAUUUUAUAUAAAAUAGGUAUCGCACUCACAUAUUAUAAUAUAAUUGUAUCAAUUACAAUACAUUUGGUAUUUUUAAUUAUUAAUGCACGUGAAUUUUUAUUAAUGUUAACCUAACUAUUUAGUAUGUUAUUUUUAAGUUCUUUUACUAGAAAAUAUUAUUACUUUUGUACUAUUAUUUAUUUUACUCGAACAUUAGUAUUAUUUACAUAAGUAUUUUACUUGACUUCCCGGCCAAACGUAGUGAAUUUUUGUCAUACGUAUACAUAAAUUAUUACUAUCACACAUACUAUCAUAUAUUAUAUUAUAUUAUUUUGAUCGGCCAUUUAUGUCCAAUAUAAUAUUAUGGCCCGUAUAAAAAAUACAGUUUUAAAUAGUUGAACUGUAUCCUCACACACAGAUGUUCGUUGUUUUUAUUUAAGAAAAAAAAUUGUUUGCACGUUAUUAUUGUGAAUAUAAUUAUUUGAAAUUCUUACGAAAAUUAUUACAUAUAUUUGAUUAAGAUGUUGAUCGGUAUUGCAAAUUUUAACAGAUAUUAAAUAUUGUGAUUAUUUAUAGAUUUAUAUAUAUUAUUAUGUACCUCAUUGUACUUGUAUUAACAUAUAGUAUUAUUAUAAAUGAUAAAUAACUAUAAACUAUCUAAAACGAUUCCAAGAGUUAUUAUACUACUACUAUUAUAUAUAAUAUACAUAUACGGUUGCUAUCUUAUUUAGGAAAAUUAUAAAACUUAUUAUUUUUUA